UCAGAAUCUUUCGGUCCCUAACCGAACGUGUUAAAAUGUGUAAACAAGAAAAAGUGCAUGAAUUCAUUUGAACUUCUCCUGUUACAAAAUCACAAUAAGAACGUUUUCAACAUAAAAAACUGAGGUAUAAAGUGAAAGGAACUCCGAAAGCAUUUUGAUUUAAGUUUUCAAGCAGUAUGUCUGCCGUUUACGCAGCUGGAAAAACUGUUAAAUCAGCAACAACAAAACAACGCAUUAAUGAAAUUUUUCUAACUUUUAAGCGAUAUAAAGAGUCUAGAUUCCAGGGAUAUUAUCGAAGGGUCAUGCCCACUAAUGAAUAUUUGCAACGUAAAGAAGAUUAUCGGAAAAAUGUUCUAAAACCGCUGGAAGAAAUUCCAACAUUAGCAGAACGAUUAGCCGAAAUGAAUGCUCCGGAUCCAGUGUUAGGUGCAAAAGUUGAUAUUGGGUUUCCUUCUGCAACAAAACAAAAAGUGUCUCUUAAGGAUCGUUUAAGCUGGCACAAGAAUGUGGCGGAUAGUAAAGUUCGUUUGUUAAAAGAAGGCGAAAUAUUGAAAAUUAACAUCUCACAAGUAGAAAAUGACUGGAAGAGAAAAGAAGGAUUUUCUCAUCUUAAAAGUGUUGCUAAUCAUUAUGGAAUAUUUCAUCAUUUAUUUGAUCAUGGGUAUUUUACACCAUGUGUGCCUUUAGAUGUUUCCUUUAAUUUUGAUGAAGAAACUAUUAGUCCAGUGUGUAUGGGAAACAUCAUGGAAUCAUUUGAGGCUAAAGAUGCCCCAAAUGUCUCCUUUCCCAGUGAGCCAGAUAGCUUAUGGACACUUGUUUUAACAAAUCUUGAUGGACAUUUAUUGGAUACAAAUGCUGAGUAUCUUCACUGGUUUGUGGGAAAUAUAAAAGGCAAUGAUUUACAGAUGGGAGAUACAAUUUGUGAUUACUUAAGGCCUUUUCCUAUGAGGGGUACUGGAUAUCAUAGGCUAGUGUUUGUUCUGUACAAACAAGACAAAGAACUUGAUUUUACAGCUAUAAAGAAAGCAGCUCCUUGCCUUAGUUUGAAAGAAAGAACAUUUAAAACAUUUGACUUCUACAAAGAACAUCAAGAUCAUAUUACUCCAGCUGGGUUAGCAUUUUUUCAGUGCACAUGGGACAAAAGCUUGACAGACUUUUUUCACAAUGUUUUAAAUAUGAGAGAACCAGUCUUUGAGUACAUUCACCCUCCAAAAUAUGUUCCAAAACAAGUGCAUUAUCCUCACUUACAGCCAUUUAAUAAGUAUCUGGAUCAGUAUCGAGAUCCCAAAGAAAUAGAGAAAGAAGUGCUUCUCAAGCGACUAAAAACAAUUGAGCCAUUUAAAGAAGAGCCACCUAUGCCAAAGUACCCUUGUUUGCAUAAACCAGAUAACUACAGGUUUUCUUGGCAGGCAGACGACAUAUUGAUGGAAAGACUGCGCAUUGGAAAGUACCGAGGUCUAAGGCCCCAUUCUGUAUAUCAUCAAGAAGAUAAUCAUUACCCUGAUAAAAUAAAACCUUUGUCAAGGGCCUAUAAAGAAAAAUAUUAAGUAUUUUGUUAUGUAAUAAAUUGUAAAGAAAAAAAUCUUUUUAAUUUCUUCCUGAAAUUGUAUUGUGUAUACUUCACACUCCAGAGCCCCUGCUACCUACCACUAUAUGUGGUUUAACCAGUUUGGAUGGGGCCCUAAAAUCGGCUCUUAUAUUUUGAUUCAGACCAGAAGCCAAGCAAUUCCUGGUCCAGCACGUUGAGAGUUAUGAUUCACUUCAAGGACUUUGUGAGCAUGAGAUAUUUUACUUGCCCCAGUCACCAUUAAUGAACAUGGAGAAUCUUUCACCACUAGAAUCGAACCCGGGACCGUUUGGUUAUCAGUCCAAGGCCUCACUGAUUUUGCCACCAUGGCCCUGUUGUGUACACUUCGUAAGUGCAGGGGUUCUGUUUAUAGUUUAAUUAAUUUUUACUGCAGAUCUCUAUGGGUUACAUGAAGACAAAUAUACAGGGUGUCUCAGUUAAAUGUUUCAGAACUCCUAAGAAGGGUAGGAAGCAUCCUGAUAACUCGAAAUCGUAGGCAAUGCUGAGACAGAAAUAAAAAAAAUUAGAGAUGUGCUGGGAGUAUUUUGCAGGGUUUGGAGUUUCCUGCGCCGGAAGAUGUGAGGUUUGCAUUGUAGCCAGUGGCAAAAACUUUGAAAAAUUACUUGUACCCAUGUACUGUGUUCUUUUUUACAUGUAAUAUUAAAAAGA